GUAAAUUGUUGUACAUUUAUGUAUUCAGAUGUGUCAUUUUAUAUGUAGUACGAGUAAAUAAUAAUAUUCAUUAAGAGAGAAAUAUAAAAUGAAAACCAUUCAAUUGUCUGUUGAUAGGUAAGGAUAUGACACCUGUUUAACAUUACUAUAUAUAUUCUUUUAUUUUAACAAUACAUAUUCAUAUCAAAUAGCAAAUAUUAAUUGAUAUCUCUAUAUAAAAAUAGUUUAGUUAUAUGUCAUUCAUAGAAUUUACAGGAAGAGAAAAGAAGUGAAUAAAUAAAUUAACUAAUAUUCAUUAUUGUGUUUCUGUAUUUCCUUUUACUCUUCUACAUAUUUAUUCUUCAUGUUUAUUUACCUAAACUGUUACUAUGAUACUACUACUACUACUACUACUACUAAUAAUAAUAAUAAUAAUAAUAAUAAUAAUAAUAAUAAUAAUAAUAAUGGUAAAGGUAGGGAAGAUGAAGAAAGAGAACCAAGUAAGAAAAGUGGGGGAGAACAAGAGUUAACACUCGGUAAGUGAAUAUAUAUAUAUAUAUAUAUAUUGCAAUAACAUUUUAAAUUUGUAUUCUCUAUAUAUAAUAGGGAAGUGAUAGUGAUUAAUUUUAGACCACAUAUUUUACUAGAAUUCAACUGUUUUAUGCAUCAAUGAUAAUUAAUAAUACUAAUAAUAAAAUUGUUUGUUGAUACACAUGUUUUUUUCUCCUG